AUGUCGAAUUCACAUACAGAUGUCCUUCUUGCGGGAGCGUUUGCAGCAGUAGCUGUCGACCUUCUAGUAUAUCCUUUGGAUACUCUUAAGACCCGAUUUCAAAGUCCGGAUUACAAAAAGAUCUACUUUGAUGCAUCGAAACAAGCCAUCAAUCGUGGCUUACUUUUUCGAGGUUUAUAUCAAGGAGUCGGACCUGUAAUUUUGGUGACCAUACCUUCAUCAGGAGCAUUCUUCACCACGUAUGAAGGAAUUAAAUCCGUUCUCACCAAAGCAAAUACAAGCUUCGGUAGCAACAAUGCGCCACUGAUACCCCAACCUUUUGUGCACAGCGCAGCUUCGGCCGUUGCUGAACUGGUAGGUAUUGAAACAAAAUGCACAGAUGAUCCGUCGACCAGCUCACUCCUCAACAUCUGGGGCUUCUGUUACUAUGCAGGCAUUGAAGAAAUUCAAAAAACCUUCGCAAUUGUUCACGGAUACACGGCAUUAGCUGCCCGGAAUCUACCGUUCACCGCAAUGCAAUUUCCUAUGUUUGAGCACAUGAAAGAGUCGAUUAAGAACUACCGGAGGCAAAAUGGAACUAUGACCGGUUCGCUACUCGAAACAGCAACAAUAACAGCAAUCAGUGCUGGAAGUGCCGGAUCUAUUGCAGCUGUAAUUACAACACCCGUCGAUGUAGUGAAGACCCGGAUUAUGCUUGCAGCAUCAGGAGAAAACUCCGAGAGUGAGGCAAAGAAGAAGGUAGAGGAAGCCAAGAAGAGAGGCCAAUCGAUUGAUAACCUUGGAGGGAAGAAAAAGGGUAGUCUCACUAUUGCUCGGGAAGUGGUUGCGGAAGCUGGAAUGAAAGGACUGUUUCGGGGUGCUCUUUAA